GUGAUGCAGCCUUUUCUACCUGGGGUUAUGGCAUCGGAGUCUUCAGCGAGCGUCACGACGGCUGCUACUACGGGUACGGCAGCGUCGGCGGCGACAACGGCGUCAGAGCGGGGACGUGCAAAUUCUUCCAGUUCUGCCGCCAGGCCACUCACGUUCUCGAUAGCGAAGAUAAUGGAACCGGACAAGCGGGUUUCAGAGCCAGUGUUUUCGUUCCCACAGUUUCCUUAUCCUGUAAAUCUUGAUUCGGCAUUUAAGAAAUACGUACCUUCAUUCCACCCGCAGGACCUACUCCACCAGUAUCCGUUGCUGUAUUAUCAUCCAAAUCAUCUUUUGAGGGUGUCUUACCCAACUAGUCCUGGAAGUACGUCUUGUAACGGACCGGUAGGCCCUUCGCCGGGUACGGAAUCUAGCCCCAUCAGCGCCAAGACUGCCGGACAGGGUCAUGGUACCAGAGCUGCCGCGGUCUCCAGCUCUGAGCAUAAGGUCACCGGUUCUGCAUCACUCUCCCCUAAGCCACAGUCAUCGCUGCUACAGCAGUCCCAACAGUCACCGGACCGCCUCACCAAGCGUUCUGCGUCCGGGGCGACCACUGCAAACAAACAGAAAAAUUUCACGUGUCCCGAAUGUGGAAAGGUUUUCAAUGCGCAUUACAAUUUGACAAGGCAUAUGCCAGUGCACACAGGAGCCAGACCUUUCGUUUGCAAGAUCUGCGGGAAAGGUUUCCGUCAAGCGUCCACUCUGUGUCGCCACAAGAUCAUUCACACAGCGGAAAAACCGCAUAAAUGUCAAACAUGUGGCAAAGCCUUCAACCGCAGCUCAACGCUAAAUACACAUACGAGAAUCCAUGCAGGUUAUAAGCCGUUUAUCUGCGAGUUCUGUGGUAAGGGCUUCCACCAGAAGGGUAACUAUAAGAACCAUAAACUAACACAUAGUGGUGAAAAGGCUUAUAAAUGCAAUAUAUGUAACAAAGCGUUUCAUCAAAUCUAUAACCUUACUUUUCAUAUGCACACACAUAACGACAAAAAACCUUUUACGUGUAAAAUUUGCGGAAAGGGUUUUUGCAGAAACUUUGACCUGAAGAAACACAUGAGGAAAUUACACGAGCCCCAUGCAACAGGAAGUUCUCUAACGCAGGCAUCUCCUCCGUCGUUUCCAAGUGUGUCACCGGCAGGCAGCCAUGCGUUCAUAGCUCCGUUCUUGUUACCACCUCCAGGGCCGACCUACAUCUCCAAGAUCUUGUGACCCAGCCACGGAUGCUGCAGUAUACGAGGAAACGGCUCUGUACCGCUCUUCGUGGCUCCCUCUGCCAUCACGGGACCUACCCUGCAUGCAGCGUGCCACGUUCUGGGUGCAAGGAGCAGGCGGCUCACACAGAACAGACUUUAAUACUAGUAUAUCCGUUUCGCUUCGCAAUAAAGUAUUUAUAAUGCAGCUAGUUACUAAAACCUCGUUCAUGAAUGCAGAAUUAUUCCCAAACAAUACACAGUAGACCUUCACACACAGGCAUAUAUCGUAUACAUAUACUACCACAGUCAGUAACUUCGUGGAAUGGCCGCAAAGCGUCGUAAGGGAAUUUACUGCCAACAGGUUUCGGAAAUGUUUUCGACAGAGUCAUCAACGUUGGCAGACUUGCAUAGCGGCCAACGGCAACUAUUUUGAGGGCCGAUGUGGAUCUGCUAAGUG